CUCUUCAACCUGUUUCCUCACGACGGCCAGCCGUCUCUCUCUGGCUGUUUUAUUCCUUCUGGAUGCUUCAGAGUCAUCCAUUGCAGGGUCUCUGCCUUUUCUGCCUUUGAAAGACGACUGUUGCGAUCCAGGGGGAAAACAGAAAGAAACCAGCUUGAAGAGUCGAAAGAACGAGAGUCGAAAGACAGCGUCAUGUGAUGCAAGUCAUCUGACUGCACGUGGCUCCCUUUCUGGAAGGACGCUUCAAUUGAUCCAAACUUCCCCAGGCAACAGCGUCACUUUUCUCGACAUUCUUCUUCAACCAUCAGUCCUCAGCCUCAGAUAUUCUUUUUUGAUUGAUCGUUUCUACCCAAACAAUAACCGACCAGGGUGAAGCGCCAGAUGACGUGUCCGCAGCGCAAGGCUGAGCGCCCGUAUCGUAUAAAGAUGUCUCGCGAACCGCCCGUAUCGCUUCGGGUCGACAAACACUCAUAAUGUCGUCUCUCGGUCAGAUUGCUGGAAAUUUUAUGAGCAAUACGCUCGAGCAGACACUUGCUUUGGCCAACGUCAACUUUGACUUUACCCUGAUCAAGAUCGACGCGCCGAAGGAGUUCACCGAUGUGGGCUUGCAACUCUCCUCGCAACGUCGACACGAGGCUGAAAUGGGCUCGGCACAUGUCCUCGCACGUAAGCUAGGCGCACUAUUUAGGGACGUUAUACCGGCGACCCCUGAACUGAUCAAAGCUUAUGGAAAGCGUGCAUCCGAGAUCUCGAAAACCUGCCCCCGCGAGUCUGCCGCCCAAGGCAUUUUCGCCAACGCCGCAGGUGCCGAUGCGACCUCGAUGUGGGCGGCAGCAACAUCCGGUCGCCAUGCAAUUGCUUGCCAUCUGCUGGCUUGCUUGCUAGCACGCAUGUGGGAUGGUCCCGAGGCGACUUCACACUGGGUGGAGCUGGUCUCACGUCGCAAGCGGGAGAUUGCGACCGAGACAUCUGAGAUAGGGGAUCCAGCACUCGCUCUUGUUGCUCGAGAAAGCUUCCAGCGCAGAGACCUGGCGGACUGGGAUGCUAGCGCCCGGGCCUGGCUGCGUGUGGCAGAUAACGCGAAGCGAGUACAACAAACGCAGCUACGCCUCAUCCUGGACAACCUGAGUCUCCCUGUCAACUCCAAGGUGGAAACAUACGAGAGCAUCAUGCAUGCGUGGCGCUCCGCCCUGGAGCAGAUGGAGCGUUUGCUUGCGGGAGUUCCCCAGGAGGCUCGCGAUGGGGCAAUCAUUCUCGGUCUUGACUCGUGGCAUCUCUACCCCGACAUGAUCGUCCUUGGACCUAAGACCAAGACCGUUCAUCAGAAAGAUCUACUCUUCGAUGAUCGCGGAAUUUUGACACUGGGCAUCACGCGAGAAGACCCCGAACAUCGCGGCGUCUAUUGGUCGUUGCCUUUGCAUCAUUUGCGAUACUACGGCCUGCCAGUAGCACGUACACGGUCCAUCAAUAGUGCUGAACGCACGCGCAUUACAGUCGACCAACUGGUCUUUGCAGCUAUAGCUGCUUAUCUUCAUGCGUGGGACGACAGCAGUCUGUCCAGGGAGGAGCUUGUCCAUUUCUUUGCCAAUAUGGCUGGCCAGCUCCACAUACAGAUGGAUGAAUCAUUGCUGUACAACAAGCAGCAGUCCUGGUUGGCGCUGCUAGCUAAGGGCUGCAAGCCAUACCUUAACGCCAUCACCGGUGAAGACAAGAGCUUGAUGCAGAAGCUGUGGAACCUCGGCCGCAAUCACUGUUCUAUACUUAGAGACACUGAACCUUUCAUGAAUCUGUUUUCCCUGUCGACAUUUAUCAGGGCAGCUAUCGAUAUAGAAGACAUUAUACUGGUGUUGCGAGAUAUGGUUGGGUCACUCAAUUCUGAUCUGGAGGAAGAAUACAUUAUUCGUUAUCCGAAAACGUCUCAAACCAAAAGCAAGGUAGCAUACGAAUAUGCGACUGCGGUCCCGCAGUAUCGAAACAAACGAACCUAUGACGGAGACGCGAAAGAUGAGCACUGUCGAUGGAUAGUACACCACAUCACCACCUCUAUUGCACAAGAUGACUCUGAUUCUGAUUCGGAGAUUGACUUCGAUAACACGGGACUUUGGGGCUGUCCAAGCCCUCUCAAUGGACUGUGUGCAGGUCAUAAUGAGACCAUCGACGAGUGCAUAGAAGAUUCGUUGUUUUCCGCAGAGAAGGAAUCCAAAGAACGUGAAAAGAAGAAGAAUCUAUUACAAGCAGCAAAGAAGGAAUUGGAUGAGCGUAAACGGCAGAUUCAAUUGAUGGGGGAGACUGUCUACCCACUGGAAGACCUUGUCGUGAAAGACGGGCUGGUCUUCAUCGAGGUGGCCACGACUCGGAUGAAAAGAGCCCCGACCUGUGCAAAGUACAUGGCAGUCCUGGGUCAUCCAGAUCAGUGUCAGCUCUUUCGUUUGGUGAAAAAAGAUUUCUUUGACUCUGCCUUCAACAGCGAGAAUGUUGGCAGGAAUUGUGAGGUGCAAGACAACGAUCUGUCGACUCCUUCCAAGGACGGAGUCCACGGCGAGCCCCCAUCAUUUGACUCUUUAUUCCAUCUCACGACCAAGAUGAAGAGAGAUCUUUUCACUGCCAACAGGGUCUCUCUCAAGCGAUGCGCUCAGAUUCUUUGCCAUGAGCUCUUACCGGAUCUGUCUGACCAGAGCGAAUACAGGAACCUCCAGGCGCUGUCGACGAUCGCGGACAUCUACAGCGGGCUCAAUGGCGCCACACUUGAUGUGCAAGUUCUCAAAUGUGACUUGAGUCAAACCCGAUGGUUGAACUCUGUCCUAAGCUGGCUCAGGAGAGCCAAUAACUGGGCGAAACCUCUUUCCCGCAAGGGACCCCUGCCAAUGAACCAUGCGUUGAGCUUUGCUUGUAUUGUGAUGAUGGAGACUGGCCGAUAUGAUUUGGAUCCCGCACAACUGAAGAGUGUGAUGGCUUUGUCGGCUGCUGACUCGGUGUACGUGGUGGAUUGCCUACUGUCCGAUCCGGCUGCGCAAGACAAUGGCUUUCGAAUCCGGCGACUCACUGGCAAUAUUGGCCGCCCAGGAUUAGCAUUUCUCGUCCCUCCUGUGGAACCGAUGACCAAGAAGUACGAUGCACUUGACGAGUGGCAGCACCUUGAUAAUGCGCAGUUCGAUGGGCGCCUCGAGGAUAACUUUGCGGCAACCUCACUUCAGCUUCGUUUCACCGAGGCCACCUUUCCGAUCGAUGUCGGCUUCUCCGGUGGUCGAGACGUUGAAGCGUACUUCCUGGAAAUGCUGGUCUCCGUCUAUGACUCGGGCCAGUGGGUCGCCGAUCUCGACGUCGUGAAGGCCUUUAGUAGCCUGAGGUUGUACCCACUCCUGCCCUGUAGCCACUCCAGCACUCCCGGGGUGGUCGGCAAGCCGCAGAACCCCUGCACCUCCAUCGACACAUACGCUGAACUGUUGUGCAGUGAGGAGAGCACUUCGAUUGUACGUGCACGAGGGAACUGGCAGGCUCGGUUGGCCGCCACUGUCUUGUGCAUCAUGCGCGGGUAUCAUGUGCUUGUUCUACCAGAGGCCAUCUGCUGGAAUUGUAUGGAGAAAACUGCCCAGAGUAUCCAUCGAAAGCUUUCCUUUCAGCAGGUAGUAUUCGUCGGCUAGUUGGAGACUUGAGCUUUUGCCCUUUCGCAGCUCUUCCCUCAGAUGCUGCCAAAAUGGAGUCGACAAUGGUUGAUAGUGGUCUCCUCCCAUUAGUUUCAAUCUGAAGUAUCCCUUUACCCUCUCAAUGAUCGUCAAAGUUAGAAGAAAAGUAUGAUUGUUUUCCAUGUAUAACACUUCGUUGUGUAACCCCCCUUGCUUGGGGUCAUA